UUCGUGUCUAGUUUACUAUUUCAUCCUGAGAGUUGGCGGAUUUCUUGUCUCAAUUCGGAAAAUUUAACCAAAACCCCGAUUGGUAUCGAUUCAUAACCAAUUUUCUGUUUUACGUUUCCACUCAUUUCUUGAAAACCUUUUGUUUCUACUUAAAUUCUAGUUUGUCCAACUGAUCUGGGACUUCCCCUUGACUUGAUGUAGCUGUCUGAACUAAGUUCUUGAGCUUCAGUUUCAACUUCUUUUCUUGAAAAAGCCCUCUGUGUUUAUUGAAAAUCGGUGUAUAAUUUGAUCUCAAUUAGAUGAAAGGGGAUAAAAUGGCAAAAAGAUCUUCAUUCGGAAGCAUGGUGAGAAGAAGGCUCUCUGAUAUUACUAAUUCUUUGCCUCAGCCUAAAUCGCCAGCAUUUCCUGAAAAACAUUUUGAAUCUGAUAAUGCUUCCACUAAGGAACACAUUGACUAUCUUGUUAAGAAAAAGAUGGCCUUGAUGAAGCUCAUUCAAGAAAAGAACAAAGUUAUAGAAUUGAGUGGAAGUGAGGUCCAAAAUUUGAAAACAUGUCUUCAGAAAAUGCAGCUGCAAAACUGGAUUCUUGCUCAAACAAAUAGUCAUAUGCUAGCGGAAGUUAAUUUGGGCAAACAAAGGUUGAAAGCAUUACAACACGAAGUAGCCUGCAAAGACACACUUCUCAAAACAAAGAUAUUGCAACUCAAGGGGAAAGAGGAAGUGAUUGUAAAAAAACAAGUUGUUCAGGAAGCAGUGGAGGUAACAGAGGGUUUGGAAAUGAAUGAUGAUACUAAGCCUCGCGCUGCCAACAGGAGGCGCCGUCUCUCCAGAAGUGCAUCUCUGGGCAGCUCGACGAUAUCUCAGCAGUAUGCUGAAAUGGAGACAGUACUAAGCAAAAGGCAUUGUGUGAGAAGAGAAUCUGGUGGUGGUAUGUUGGACAACAUUGAAGGGCGGAGAACAUCCAUGUCACGACCGCAUUUUCUAAGGAUAGAAAACACGGUUGAUCGCGACUAGGGGCGGGAGUAUAAGAAGCGGGA